UUACAAUAUUGCAUCAAGUGGCAAGAUUAACUUGUAAAUAUUUUCUACAUAUACCAAUAUCAGUAUGUAUAGAAUCAGGGAUGUAAUGAUGAAAUCAGUUGCGAAAUACAGAUUAAGCAAAUAUAUUAAAAAAUGUAGUAAUAACAUUGAAAGAAGAAUUCUAUCUGUUUAUUAGGGGUCAAUAGUUUAUAUAGGGUCAUUAUUGAUAAUUCCUAAGAAAUCUCAAGGGUCUGCUAUGCUUUACAAUAUAAGAAAACUGUUUUCUUUUCAUUAUUGCAUAAUAUUAUAUAGUAUAUUACCUUAACUUCUUGAAGUUUCAAUCUUAAAUUGAUCUUUUAUUAUACUUAAAAAUAUUAUGAUUAAAAUAUCUUGUAAUAUGCAAGCAGAUUCUUGCACUGAAAUAGUACCUCAAGAAAGUAAAAGAGAUAAAGUACUGUGCACUAAAAAACAAAUGAGAGGUCAAACAAUGACUGGCCUCACACAUGAAUGUGGAGUUUUUGGAUGCAUUGCUGCAGGUGACUGGCCAUCACAAAUUGACGUUGCUCAAGUGAUUUGUUUAGGUUUAGUGGCAUUACAACAUAGAGGUCAAGAAAGUGCAGGCAUUGUUACAAGUGAAGGUGUAUGUUCAAAAUCUUUUCAUGUCCACAAGGGUAUGGGUAUGAUUAAUAACAUUUUCAAUGAUGAAAACAUGAAAAAACUUAGUGGAAAUCUUGGAAUUGGUCAUACUAGAUAUAGUACAAGCGCAGCUAGUGAAGAAGUUAAUUGUCAACCAUUUGUAGUUCAUACUGCACAUGGAGCAUUAGCAGUUGCACACAAUGGAGAGCUAGUGAAUACAGAAUCAUUAAGAAAAAUGGUAUUAGGACGUGGAGUUGGUUUAUCGACUCUCUCAGAUUCUGAAUUAAUAACACAAGCACUUUGUUUGAAUCCUCCUGAAGGUGAAGUUAAUGGCCCAGAUUGGCCAGCACGUAUAAAACACCUCAUGCAAUUAGCACCAUUAUCAUAUUCAUUAGUAAUUAUGCAAAGAGAUAAGAUAUAUGGUGUUAGAGAUCCAUAUGGAAAUCGUCCAUUAUGUCUUGGAAAAAUUGUACCAAUUGGUAAUUUAGGUAAUGAGUCAGAUGAUGAUGAUGAAGCUGAAGGUUGGGUUAUUUCGUCCGAAUCAUGUGGCUUUUUAAGUAUUGGAGCACGAUACGUACGUGAAGUAUUUCCUGGAGAAAUUGUAGAAUUAACGCGCGAAGGUAUUAAAACUAUAGACAUUGUUGAUAGACCACACAAAAAGCCUCAGGCAUUUUGCAUCUUUGAAUACGUUUAUUUCGCACGUAGCGACAGUAUUUUUGAAGGACAAAUGGUUUAUUCUGUUCGCAUGCAAUGUGGACGAGAACUUGCUUUAGAAUCUCCGGUAGAAGCAGAUAUAGUUAGUUCAGUACCCGAAUCUGGAACUGCAGCAGCACAUGGUUAUGCCAGAGAGUCUCAAAUAUCUUUUGCGGAAGUGUUGUGCAAGAAUAGAUACGUUGGUCGAACGUUUAUUCAGCCCAGUACACGACUUAGACAACUUGGCGUGGCAAAAAAAUUUGGAGCUUUAUCAGAAAAUGUAAAAGGAAAAAAAUUAAUUCUUAUAGAUGAUUCGAUUGUUAGAGGAAAUACUAUUGGACCUAUUAUUAAGUUACUUCGCGAUGCAGGAGCGAAAGAAGUUCAUAUUAGAAUUGCUUCCCCUCCAUUAAAAUACCCUUGUUAUAUGGGAAUUAACAUACCAACAAGAGAAGAAUUAAUUGCUAAUAAAUUGGAUAAUGUGAAAUUAGCAAAACAUGUUGGAGCUGAUAGUUUAACAUACCUUUCAGUGGACGGACUUGUAAAAGCCGUAAGAUUUGGUAUGGAUAAUCGUGAAAGUAGUUAUAUUGGUCAUUGUACUGCCUGUUUGACAGGAGACUAUCCUGAUGAACUUCCUAGUGAUUUGGAAUGGUAAAAAAAUAAAUUGUAUUUAUGUAUUUAUGAAUAGUGAAUUAUACAUGUCUAAAUCAGAAAUAUGAGUCUCCAGCAUUGAAAAACUUGAUUUCUUUAUAUAUAUUAAUUGAUUGACUAAUAUAAUACAAUCUAAUGUUAAAAAGUAAUUCAGUAUUCGAAAAUUAAUUUAAAUAAGGUACACUCUAUUUGGUAUAUAAUAAUAGAAACUGAUAAUAUUUCGUUGAAACAUAUUGUUUAGAAAUAUCUUCUUACUUUGUUAUGUUUUGAUAAAUAAGUAUAGUAUAGAAGUACCACUAUAUUAAUUUUAGAUUAAGUUAGAAAAGUAGAAUUAAGCAAUAUAGAUUAAGAAAUAAAUAAAUGUUAUUCAUUUUAAU